CCGGCCGACCGAAGUGAGCUGCCCAAACACAGAGUCCACCAUGGAGACGGCCUUCUUCUCCGCCGCCUCCCUCUUCCACGCCGACGACGACAGCGACGACGACGGCGGCGGCACACGAGACGAGGCGCAGGUGGGCGCCGAGGGGGAGAGCCAGCAGCCGGCGCUGGAGUACGAGGAGAGGAUCCACAAGUUCCCCGGAGUGGACUUGAGCAUCAGAGAAUUCUCAUCUCAUCAGCUAAAUGCCAAUUUGCUAUGGCCUGGGACAUUUUUCUUUGCUGACUGGCUGGUUAAGAAUCCAUCAAUUCUGGAUGGUCAACGGAUCCUGGAACUAGGAAGUGGAACAGGAGCUUUAGCCAUUUUCCUGCAAAAAACAUUUGGAGUGGAUAUCACGACUUCUGAUUAUGAUGACAAGGAUAUUGAAGAAAACAUAGCUCACAACUGCAGAGUCAAUAAGUUGGAUGUGUUACCUCAUAUCCGACACACGUGGGGAGAUCCAUUUCCGAUUCUCCAACCUGCUUGGAACAUUGUCAUCGCCAGUGACAUUCUAUUAUAUGUGAAACAGUACCCGAACCUGAUAAUGACGCUGUCCUUUCUUCUGGAAGAAUCCGAUCUUAACAGCCAAAAAGGUGUAUGCACAAACAUCACGACCAAAGCAGGAACACAAGUGGCUGCCAGGUGCCCCAUGUUCCUGAUGAGCUGGCGUAGAAGGAUUGGGAAAGACCAGUCGAUUUUCUUCGAUGGAUGCGAGAAGGCAGGCCUGGAAGUGCAGCACCUGGGUGAUCUCGUGUACCUCAUCAACAAGAAACGCUGAACGUUAAGGAGCUCUAGGGCAUGCUGCUGCAAACUGUGAGAGCCGAAUCGGGCUCCAUCUUCAGUUAUCUAGGAGGACAAGAAACAAAAUCGUAUUAACUUGGAGCAUGUUUUGUAGUAUGGUCUUUUGUUUUCCCUGAACACAAUUUUCGUGGAGAAUGUACUGCACUACCGUAAGAUUAUUAGAAUGCAAAAGAUUACUUUUGUUGAGAGUG